AUGGCCCGUGGCAUAUACAAGGAGAUUAAAAGUAUGGUGACGUCCUGCGGGGCCUACAAGAAAUUUCAGAAUUCCCAGCCGAAGGAGCCCAUGAUUGUAAGUGAAGGACUGCAAAUACCAUGUCAUACUGUGAGCGCUGACCUAUUCAAGGUAAAUAAUUUCAAGUACAUUGCCAUCGCUGACUAUUACUCGAAGUUUCCGUUCAUGAAGAAGUUAAAUAAUCUAACAUUAAUUACUGUAGUUAAGGUGGAUAGAUCAACAUUUUCUGAGGAAAGUAUACCAGAAAUUCUGAUUUGUGAUAAUGGAACGCAAUUAGAUUCGGGACAAUUUCAAGACCUAGCCAAGGCAUAUGGUUUCAGAAUGGUCACUUCGUCGCCGUUGUACCGUACUGCCCAAACGGACAUGACUUCAUUGAGACACAAGUCCAAAAU